CAUCUCACUUUAAGCGGGGGUGUUAGCACGUUAGUGAAUAACUCAUUUCAAAGUCUUCAAACUCUCGGACUUACAACACUUACCAUUAACGAUGUAAAAAAUUUACAUAGAACAGAGCUAGAUGCCUUCCAACAUUUACUUAAUCUCCAGUCGCUAAGAAUUUCUGCAACAGAACAAGGUAUAGAAGUCACAUUACGAAGCUUGUACCCGUUUCGAAAUCGUUCCUUGAAGACUCUGUACUUUCAUGAUAUUAGCAAAUCUCAAUUCAUCGGCGGGGCUUCUAAGUGUUCGGAUAGUGUGAUAGACGCUUUCAAGGCGGAAUUUUUGUCCCAAAUAUGUGUGGAAAAUUUCUACUUAAUGAACAGUGAGGUGUUUGUUGUGGAGGGUAACACACUGACUGGACCUCUGUGGCAAAAAUGUCUCCAGACUUUGGAUGUGUCAAAUAAUCCUCUGAUCGGAGAUCGGAUUACCCUUUGGCAAUUUCAGAGAUUUAAAGCUAUCAAAGUUUUCAAUGCAGCGAAUCGAAAAGACACAGCAUUCACGUUACAAAGGUGGAGCAACAAUCUUGUUACUGGAGCUAGAUCAUGCAGACAGAAACGUGUGGAGAAUGUUGCACUCACGACUACCGAUGUUUCAGAGUCAGGUCCUACCAGUUCUUUUCCAACUGAUAUAGCUGAGAGCAGAAAUCUUGAGGCAUUCACAAGCAGGAAACUGGAGGAAUCCUCACGUAGCACAAGUUACGAGCAUGGGAACAUGGACAAUUCUCAACAAUGCGAAACACCCCCAGGCGAAAGGAUCUCAACGAUUUACGUGCAUUUUCCUAAGACUCUCGAAAUAGUUCACUUGGAGAGUUUUAGCAGCAGCAUGGGACCCGUUACUAAAGACAUAACAGUGACAGGCGGAGAAAAUCUACGAGAACUCUACAUUUCUGGGAACAAUUUGCGUCAUUUCUCUGGGACCAUCAAAGGAUUCAGUGGUCUUGAGAUCUUGGACAUUUCCUACAACGACUGCUCCGACAUUUCCCCAGUGUUUUUCCAGUCCCUGGCAAGCGUGAAAAUCCUCAAGAUGAGAGGGACUCUGUUAGACAGCAUGUUUAUGUCCACACACAGCGAGCAGUUGUUCCGAUCUCUGACACAACUCAAGUCUCUGGACCUGUCCAACAAUCAGCUAAACCUUAUGGCCGGAGGCACUUUUCAGAAUAACUAUCAGCUCCAGACCCUAAACUUAGCAAACAAUCGGUUCACAACCGUCCCUGUGGACUUGACUCUUCUCCCCAAUCUGACCUACUUAGACCUCAGCGGUAACUCCAUUUCCCAACUGGGCGUGAAGGACAUGCAGUUAGUCGAACUACACGCUGGCACAGUCACAGAAUUCUCCCUUCACCUAACGGGAAAUAUUAUGGUGUGUACUUGCUCCAGUAUACAGUUCCUCACCUGGCUCCAGAACACAAAGGUCAACUUGGACAGACCCAUGACCUACAGCUGUCUCACGGAGAACGGGACGCUGACCACCACUGCUGACUUCUCUGACGUCAGAGCUCUGUGGCGGAAGUGCCAGGGGCAAACCGCCCUCCUGAUCUCUGUUAUCCUCCUGUGUCUCAUGUCUCUUGGAUUUGUGGUGACCAUUUUGUGUUGGAAGAUGAAAACACGACUCAAGUCUUUCAUCUACAGGGUUUUCCUUCAAGGUUUCGUCCUGCACGGCCCACGUGAUUACCGACUCGGCGUUUUUAUCGGCUACGCUGACGCUGACACCAGGCUGGCCUGCUUCACUCUCAGAGAUUUCAUCCAAUCUCGACUAGGUCUAUCUGUCUAUGUCAGGGACAUUAACCUACUUCCGGCCUCAGAUAUGGCCGAAUCCAUCGUGGACGCCGUGAAUUCCAGUUGGAGAAUUGUCUUACUUGUGACGUCAGAUUAUCUGGACCGAGAGUUGUGGUCGUAUUUCACCAUGAAAACAGCUGCCUACACAGUCAGUCCGUCCAACCCGGGCCUGAUCGUUGUUCUGUUGGAGGAAACCGUUCGUCACCGGAUCCCGGCCUGUCUUCUUCGUGCACUUGAGGAAGACUGCAUUCUGUAUAUCCCUCCCUCCCGACACUUGUCACGUGACAUAGAAGACAGGCUGGCUCGGUUACUUCUUCCUUCUCACAGCUAUUGAUGGUUCCGGCAACAAUAGCCGUCGUUGAGAGCACUUAAGGAAGACAGCAUUCUGUCUAUCCCCCCACCCCCCUUUCCACGAUGCGCAUCACGUGGGCGCAUGCGCAGACUACAAGACUUGCUUCAGACUGAAUAGCCAGUUGUCCCAAAUUGUUCUGAGAAAUUCUGUUAAAUGUUCUCUCUCUCUCUCUCUCUCUCUCUCUCUCUCUCUCUCUCUCUCUCUCUUUCUC